GCAGCUCUCCCCGACGGGCAAGGGGCACUGACGGCCCAGGGGAUGGGAGGCGGGGCGGGUGGGGGUCUCGGUCUGGCCACAGCCCCGCCGCCCGUCCGCCGAGGGCUCUCGCCCCGCUCCCCUCCCCGCCGUGUCGUCAGCGCGUCGCCGCCGUUUCCGCCCGCGGCAGCCCCACCCCUGCUGGCCGCCCUGGGCUCCCGCAGCGCCGACACCCGCCCGGGAACUCCGCACUGUUGGCCCCGAGCGGAGCCCCCGGCAGCCGCGCCCACCGCCCCGAUGCCCGCGCCGAGUAGGUGAGCGGCGGCUGCUGCCGCCCGCGCCCCGCGCCCGCGCCUCCAGGACGCGCCGGAUGCCGGCGGGGAGACGCCGGGCUGCAGGCCUGAGGAAGACCCUCUGCGCAAUCUCCUGUCCACCUCAAUUUGGCCCUGCCCACCUCAGGCUCUGACCAGCUUACGCAGACUCUGAGGCUCGGCACCUCAGCACAGACUUCACUUUAUCUCCAUCGCUUCCAGUUGAGAGACUCCGAGAGUUUCUUCCCCCACCCCCACCCAGGGAACUGAAGAGUGGGUGUCCCAAGAACCGGAGCUAGAGCCCUCCGGGGCCUUCUAGCACAAGAGUGAAACUGGAACCAUCAGGGAACAUGAGUGAAUUCUGGCACAAACUGGGCUGCUGCGUGGUAGAGAAACCCCAGCCGAAGAAGAAGAGGAGACGGAUCGAUCGGACCAUGAUCGGGGAACCAAUGAAUUUUGUCCACCUGACCCACAUUGGCUCUGGGGAGAUGGGGGCCGGAGACGGCCUUGCCAUGACAGGUGCUGUUCAGGAGCAGAUGAGAUCCAAGGGGAACCGAGACAGGCCAUGGAGCAACUCUAGGGGCUUGUAGCGCCCCCAGGAAUGGUCAGGCUGCGUUGUCUGGAAGACUCCACUCUGUCUAGCCCAGAAAAGAUGCUCCUCCCACCAGAUUGCUCUUAGUUCCUGUGACCCCUGACCCCACCUUUCCCUGCCUAACAGUGCCUCAGAAGGCUAAGGGGCUGGACUCCCUCCGUCCCUCUAGCUGGAGCCCCUCCUGGAGAUGGGGUCAGGGCAGUGGGACUGGCUGGCCAGAGGAGCUCAGUGGAAGCCCUGGACACUCGGAUCUGAUAUGGGAAUGUGGGGGACCUGGAUCGAGGCCCCUCCUCCUGAAUGAUGGUCAGGGUGCCAUCUGCUUUUAAUCCCUGGACUCCUUCCGUGGGCUCGGUGGGUGAGGUUGUCUUUGCUGAGACGCUCCCUCCCCUUGUCCUCCCCCCUUUGGAAAGACUCAGGCAGGUCAGGCAGGGCUGGGCGGGCAGCCACUGCCUCAUUCGCUCUCCGUCUCUCAUCUUGAGUGACGACUCCUUCCGCGUCUCUCUCCCUUCGCCUUCUCCAGCCAGGCCUCUACCCAGUGUCUCUGUGGCAUUAUGAGCUCCUAGCAGCUUUCUUUUUUUUUUUUUUAAACAUUUAAUUUGAAUUCUGUUAAUCAUCCCCCAUCCUGUUCACAACACCCCCAUGAGAAACACCCGUUUCCCACUGAGGGAGCAUUCAGAGGUGGAUCUCAGCCCAACGACAUUCCGUUGACCUUUUUGAGGACCUGUGGGCCUUCUGCCAACCUCCCUGCUGGCUCAGGUGAGAGGACAGAGGGGAGCUGGAGAGAAGCCCAGCAAACAGCCAAGCCAGGGGAUGAGGUGUGAGGGGCUUCCAGACCCCUGGAGAACAGAAAAGUCUGGUAGGAAAACAGGCUGAAGUCCUCAGCUAUGAGUUUAGGCACCCUAAGAUUCUCAGAGCAUGGGAGCAGAUCUUCUCACUGGUUAUUUCUCAGCUGACAGCCGUAUGGCCCCCUCUAGGCCCAAGGAUUUUCCACGGGGGCCGCAGGUGAAAACUGUAUUAGGGAAUCAACUGACCAAAGGACCACCAGCAGGAAGCUGUUGAAAGGGGGACAUGGUCAGAAAAAGGUUGAGAAAUUCUGACCUAGUGCAAGAUUUGUAGAUUAUGCUCCUCUGACCUUCAGGCUGGAUAAUUCUUUGCAAUGGGGACUGUCCUGUGCAUAUUCGGAUGCUUAGCGGUAUCUCUGGUCCAUCCUGGUAAUGUCAACCCAAAAUGUCCCCAGACAUUGCAAGAUGUCUAUGAGUCCCCAUUUCUCCCUAUCCCCCACCACCACUCUAACAGCCAAGAUCGUUCAAGUGGUUUUCACCCCCACCCCUGUCCCAGACCCUUCCCCUUAUUCACCCUGCGCCUCAGCCUUGGACGAACUGGGCCCCUGGUGACAAGCCCAACACAAUCUCCAAACAGUUCUUUCGGCUCGCCCGGGUCCCCGUCUCUGAUGGGUAUGACACAGAAUCCUUCAGGGGAAGGACCCGCCCCAUCUCCGCCUCUGCAUCCUUGUCCUACAAGCAGACACAGCUGAGGCUCAGGGAGUUUAGUCUGCAGACCAAAACCAUGGCCAAUUCCCCGCCCAACUCAAGAGUCUGGUGGGAAAGUGGAGGAGGGCUGGGGUCUAGAGGCUUUUUCGGUUUUCUCAGGUGUCCUUUGUUCUGGCCCCUGCCUGGCAGAACAGAUUAGACAAGCUCCUGCUGACUCCAUCGCGGAGACCCUUGUCUGAUGGGAAGGCACUGGUGCCCAUCCCACCAUCCAUCCACUGUGCCACUGUCUACAGUCUAUUUCCAAUUGGAGUGCGUUUACUAUGAUUUUCCCCCCAUGUUUUAUUUCUGAUGGGUCAGACAGGGUCUCCUUUACUCUCGGGCCCAGUUCGGCUGACUGUGCUGACAGCACCUCACCAGCCUGGAGACUUGUGCUGGGGUGUCACUCAGUAGCACUCUGGCCUCGGCUUUGAGCCCCUGGGCUGGAGCCUCCUGAACCCCAAAGGGUAAAAAGAAGCCUGAGGUUACAGAGCAGGCUAGAAAGAUGAGGCGAUCGGGCGGGGAAGGAACGACACUCCUGGGGCCUCAGGUCACCCUGAUCUUCAGCCUUAUUCUGAUGUCUCUUCUCUGGACACAGCCUUUUCUCCGGUGCUCUUGCCUUCACUUCUCUCCAAAUAUAUUAAGCGUGUGCCACCAUCACCAGAGUGAUGGGAAUGAGAGGUAUAAUUUAUAUUAAGAACUUAUUGGACUUUUAAAUACUUUUUUUUCAAAUAAAAAUGUAAGCAAAACA